AUGGUUCCGUUACUAACUAGGUCUAAAGGCACCUCCUAUGAAGAUGAUAGUCAAAGGCAAUUCCUUAAAGAAGGGCGCAGAAGUAAGGAUCUGCAAUUGAAAAGGACAAACCCAAAAGAGCAAACAACACAGAUCUUCUGUAUAAGAAAUCUGAUCCCAACGCGCUUCUUAUCCUUUGAUCUAAAUUUUCAUGGACAGAAGAAUGGUAUUACUCGAGCAUAUGAAAACUAUGAUCCUUUCACUUAUAAAUUUGUGAAAGAAGGGGCUGUUCUCCCCCAAUCAUUAUUAUAUCGAGCGCUUCGCAGAGCUAACGCGAGAACCCCUCAAAGCCCUCGCUGCUGCCAUCAUGGGUUUAAACUUCUUGGGUUGCAUUUGGGAUGUCAUAUGCGCAAGGCACUUCCCACAAGUUUUUUUUUUUCGGCACCAUAUUCCAGGAAGCUGGUGCGGUUCGUAUGGUGGCAACGUGCGCUGCCAAAAUAUCUAUGA